AUACAGAAUAGUGGGAUCGGGCUGAGUAACAUGACCUAAGAAACUAGCAGAGGGGAAGGGAGUGAAACCGGGAGGACCAGAGGGAGUCUGGGCAGUUGUGGCCGGCAUAGCACUCGAAGCGGAGGAUUGCUGAGAUGGGGGAGGAGGAGUCGGCUGCUGCUGCUGCUGUUGCGGCUGUUGCUGCUGCUGCUGCUGCUGCUGUUGAUAGGAACCACGCCAUCGGCGAGUUCGAGUGCAUCGAUGGUGCUGAUGUCAACCGCAAGCGAGUCCGUUGCCAUGGCGGGUGGGAAUCAGCUACCUGCAGCCAACUACUAGCGACCAGGGACUGGCUUCCAGCGAAAUGGGGGGAGGGGGAGGAGGAGAGAGGAAGGAGAAAAAGGACGGGUGCGCGGAGCGCAGCUCUUAAGUCGCCGCAGGCUUGGAAUCCUUCCACGAAAGGGUCGUCGAGCGGCACAGAUGGCGAGAUUGCGUCGCGUGCUAAUGCGUGAUGCGCGCGACGAGUGGUGACGACGGGAGGGUCGCGAAAUGCGGCGACGAGCAACCGCGAAAUGCAGUGACGGAAAGGACGAUAAAUGCAGCGACGAGAGGGCCGCGAAAUGUGGCGACGAAAGGGCCGCGAAAUGCGGCGACGGGAGGGCCGCGAAGUGCCGCGACGAGCGGCCGCGACAAGCGGCGACGGGAGAGCCGCGAAAUGCGGGGACGGGAGAGCCGCGAAAUGCAGCGACGAACGGUCGCGACGAGCGACAACGGGAGAGCCGCGAAAUGCGGAGACGAAC